UUCUUCUUCUUCUUCUUCUUCUUCUUCUUCUUCUCCUUCUCCUUCUCCUUCUCCUUCUCCUUCUCCUUCUCCUUCUCCUUCUCCUCCUUCUCCUUCUCCUUCUCCUUCUCCUUCUUCAAUCCAUCAGAACCUGGUCUUUGCAGAUAGAUUGCUCCUGGACAUGGAAGUUCUCCUAAGGUUGCCUUUUUUUUUUUCCUUUUAUGAAAGAGAGAGAAAGGAAAUGUUCUUUUUUUCUGAUUGAUUGGCUGCAUUCCGAAGAGCCUCUUGAAACGCUCUCUUGAGCUGUAAAACAUGUCGGGGUUAUUCUUAGCAAGCCAAGAUGGAGUCCUAAUUACUUUGUUGGGUUUAUUGUGUGUGUGUGUGUGGGGGGGGGAAAUCUGGGGUUCAGCUCCAGCAAAAGCCUGGGGGGGCUUCUGGAUUGCAAGUCCCAUCGUCCUCAGCAGCUGAUUUUUCGCUGUUUGCCGGUUUGGUCUAAUGGUGAAUGCACAAGGCUAGGAAGUGGGAGAUGCGAGUUCUAGUCCUGCCUUAGGCAUGAAAGCCAAUUAGGUGGACUUCGGACCAAUCACCAGGAGACGGGGAGUUCUAGUCCCGCUUUAGGCAUGAAAGCCAAUUAGGUGGACUUCAGACCAAUCACCAGGAGACGGGGAGUUCUAGUUUCGCCUUAGCCACGAAAGCCAAAUGGGUGACUGUGGGCCAAUCACCAGGAGACUGGGAGUUGUAGUCCCGCUUUAGGCAUAAAAGCCAAUUAGGUGGACUUCGGACUAAUCACCAGGAGAUGGGAGUUCUAGUUCCGCCUUAGCCACGAAAGCCAAAUGGGUGACUGUGGGCCAAUCACCAGGAGACUGGGAGUUCUAGUCCCGCCUUAGGCAUAAAAGCCAUUUAGGUGGAAUUCAGACCAAUCACCAGGAGAUGGGAGUUCUAAUCCUACUUUAGGCAUGAAAGCCAUUUAGGUGGAAUUUGGACCAAUCACCAGGAGACGGGGAGUUCAAGUCCCGCCUUAGCCCUGAAAACCAGCUGGGCGACCUUGAGCCCAUCCAUCUCAGCCCAACCCACCUCACCUCACAAGGUUGUCGUUUUUUUGCGGGGUAGAAAGAGCAGGAGGAAGGCGUGUUGGAUACAUUUAGUCACCUUGAAUGACUUUUAAACCUAAUAAAGGCGGGAUUACAAAUAAAUUUUACAAGGACCCCCUAUAACAGCUGAUCCGAUCUCGUGGCGGGUACCAAAAUAGAGCACAAUUAUUUGCAGAUAUGGCGCUUUUGGUUUUUUCCCCCCCUUCCAACUCUCCUCCCUCCUCUUUUCUUUUUCCUUUUCUUUUUUUCCUUUUUUUUUUGCAGACGAGCAUAAAAAAUAUGGAGCGAGAACUGCUGUGCCCAGUCUGCAAAGAAAUGUACAAGCAACCUCUGGUUUUGCCAUGCAUGCAUAACGUUUGCCACAUCUGCGCCACCGAAGUCCUUCUGCAGCAGGGUUACAUCUGUCCGGACCCCACCUCGGAGCCAACCUCCCCGGCGUCCACACCAGCCACACGGAGUCCUCGUUUAGGGCGCCGGAUCGUGCCAAAACCGGAGCGGUUAGACCGGCUUCUGAAAUCGGGUUUCGGCACGUAUCCCGGCCGGAAACGGGGUGGCGCCUUGCACCCCCAGAGCAUUCUCUUUCCGUGCCCGCUGUGCCAACGAGACGUGGACCUGGGCGAGCGAGGUUUGGGCAGCCUCUUCCGGAACCUGACGCUGGAACGGGUGGUGGAGCGUUACCGCCACACCAUCAACGUCAACGCGGCCAUCAUGUGCCAGUUCUGCAAGCCGCCGCAGCUGGAAGCCACCAAGGGCUGCACCGAGUGCAGGUCCAGCUUUUGCAACGAAUGCUUCAAACUUUACCACCCGUGGGGGACGCAGAAAGCACAGCACGAACCGAUCCCUCCAACGCUCACUUUCCGUCCCAAAGGUUUGCUGUGUCCCGAACACCGAGAAGAAGUCACUCAUUACUGUAAAACCUGCCAGCGUUUGGUGUGCCAGUUGUGUCGAGUUCGUCGCACCCACGCGAGUCAUAAAAUCACGCCUGUGCUCAGCGCCUACCAGGCUCUUAAGGAAAAAUUGACGAAAAGCCUAACUUAUAUCCUGAGCAAUCAAGACACGGUGCAGUCACAAAUCAACGAAUUAGAAGAGACUCUUCGACUCACGGAGGUGAAUGGCACUCAGGCGAAGGAAGAGAUCAUAAGGCUGAUGAACAAUUUAAGCAGCCUGCUGGAUGAGAAGCGAUCCGCCCUGCUUAACGCCAUCGAAGAUUGUCGCCAAGACCGGGUCGGUCGCCUACAAACUCAGCUGCAGGAACAUCAGGCCAUGAUGGAAAAUUCUGGAAUGGUGGGCUACUCACAAGAAGUCUUAAAGGAAACCGACCAGCCCUGUUUCGUCCAGGCCGCCAAGCAGCUUCAUCACAGGAUCCUCAGAGCGACCGAUUCCCUUCAGGCGUUCCGGCCAGCGGCUAGCGCCUCCUUCAGCCAAUUCCAGGUGGACGUGAGCCGAGAAGUGAAGCUGCUUACAGACCUAAUUUUUAUUAAAGCCCCGGAGGCUCCUGUGAUCGACACGCAGCGGACGUACGCCUACGACCAGAUCUUCCUCUGCUGGCGCCUGCCGCAGCAUUCGCCAGCCGCCUGGCACUACACGGUGGAGUUCCGGCGGGCCGAGCCCAAGGGCAAGGCACUCAAACUGUGGCAGAGACAGGAAGAGGUCCGAGGCACGAGCGCCGUUGUGGAGUACGUGGACACGGAUAGCGUUUACGUGCUGCGCGUCCGAGGAUACAACAAAGCUGGCUUCGGAGACUACAGCGAGGAUAUCUAUCUGCGUACGCCGCCUGCACCCGUGCUGAAUUUCUUUCUGGACAAUCGGUGGGGUUUCAACCGAGAACGCCUGGCCAUUAGCAAGGACCAGCGAGCGGUCCGCAGCGUUCCCGGUCUUCCAAUGCUGUUUGCCGCCGAGCGUUUGAUGACCAGCUGCCAUCUCUCCGUUGACCUGGUGAUCGGCGACGUGGCGGUCACUCAAGGACGCAGCUAUUGGGCCUGUUGCGUGGAUCCCAGUUCCUACCUGGUCAAAGUGGGCGUAGGGCUGGAGAGCAAGCUGCAGGAAUGGUUCCAGGUGCCCCAAGACGUGACGAGCCCCAGGUACGAUCCGGAUAGCGGGCACGACAGCGGUGCUGAGGAUACCACGUUGGAGUCAUCACCACCCUUCGCCUUCCUGACCAUCGGCAUGGGCAAGAUCCUCCUUUCCCACGGAGUGUCGCUGACCUCUCGGGAUCCCGGCAAUUCCACCGUGCCGCUGCCUCCCCGCGUUGGCAUCUGUCUCGACUACGAGCACAGCAAAGUGACGUUCUUCGACGCCGUCUCCUUCCGCAGCCUUUGGGAGUGCGGGGUAGACUGCUCGGGGCCCGUCUGCCCGGCCUUCUGCUUCAUCGGCGGCGGCGCCUUGCACCUUCAAGAGCUGGUGGUCAGCCGUCAGGAACGGAAAGUAACCAUCAGCGGCUUCUCGAAGCUGGACUGAAUUUGCCAUCGGCCGAUUCCGAGCAUGUUCGGGGAGAGGAUCCACCAGCAGAGGGAGACCUUGGGGUCUGGUGGGUGGGUGGGGGCUCUCCAGCCCCUGCUUGCAAAAAAAGAAAAUGAAAAAAAUAUCUCUAGGUAUGGGGUGAAUGAGCAGAGGGUUUCGGCAGUUAGGAACAGGGCAGAGCAUAUGUUGAGCAAUGCUGCCCUCUAGUGAACUUCCAACAGAUAGACUCUUUAAAUUCCGACGGCGGCGGUACCCUCUUCCCAUAAAAAUUGAGCAUCCCAGCUGUGGGGACUAAGAGCAACUUCCCCCCCACAGCCGUCCCAUGAAGGGGGAUUUUUUAAAACUAUCCAACGUCCUUUCUCUGUUUUGUUCUCAUCUUCUUCAACGCACCCCCUAAACUUCUGGGGGGAAAUCCAGAUUUUCCCCACCCUUUUCGUUCCUGUCCAGGGCAGGAAUCUCAGUUGAGAAAAGACAAACACGACCCCUUCCCCCCCCCAAAUCCUUGUUUGGAGCAUGGCUGAGUUUGGAAUGGCUUCCAAUGCCUUUCCCCCCCACACUUUUUGUGUUGAAAAAGAUAAAAAAAAAAAAAAUUU